CGCAGCGUUUGCCAUUGAUCCACUGUAUGGCAUGGUUCACAUGUUUUAAUCGGAAAGUAGCUGUUUUAAAUGUCUUGCACUACUUUGCUAAACGAGAAAUUAGUCUUUCACUGAAAAACUUGCUUAGAAAAGAAUACGCGAGCAUUAAAAUCCUGCGAGUACUGAAUGUCAGGAGAAAUACUGCGCAAGCUAAAUUCAUUUUCUCACGCUUAAACUUCUCCAAACAUUUGCAGCUAUUAAUACAGCAGACCUGUGCUAAAUCACACGCUAUGGAGAUUAAAGAGGCCACAGAGAGCUGUGAUACAGACGUCACAGUAAGAGCAAACAGCGGUAAACGUAAAAACGACGAGACAGACGAGGCAGCAAGAAGACAAGAUAGCGGCAAGAAGCGAAAGAAGGGCGGCAAACAGCUUCGUGCCGGAGAACGGUAUGUACCCCCUCCACAGAAACGUAAUCCAGGUGUGAGUUUCAGUCAAGAACAUUUUGCAGAAACCUCGUAUUAUUUUGAAGGCGGACUUCGCAAAGUGCAUCCUUAUUAUUUUGAUUUUAAGACUUACUGUAAAGGACGCUGGAUCGGUAAAACUCUAUUUGAGGUUUUCAAGAGUGAAUUUCGAUCUGAGUCUAUGGACUAUUACAAUAAAGCUGUCAAGGAGGGGCGCAUAAGAUUAAAUGAAAUACCAGUGGAUGACCUAAACUUCACACUUAAGAACAAUGAUUAUUUGAGGAACACAGUGCAUCGUCAUGAGCCCCCCGUCAGUGGACAGCCCGUGGAGAUUUUGGUAGAUGAUGGUAAAGUGGUGGUGGUAGAUAAACCUGCUUCACUACCGGUACAUCCAUGUGGACGCUACCGCCACAAUACGGUCAUCUUCAUUUUGGGCAAAGAGAAAGGCCUUAGUGGUCUCCACACAGUACAUCGACUGGAUCGCCUCACUUCAGGUGUGCUGCUGUUUGCACGUACACAGGAGGUCUCAAAAAAACUGGACGCAAUGGUUCGUGAGCGACAGUUAGAGAAAGAGUAUGUCUGUCGAGUGGACGGGGAGUUUCCUGAGGGUGAGGUGGUGUGUGAGGAACCCAUACUGGUAGUAUCCUUCAAGGUGGGCAUUUGCAGGGUUGAUCCCAAAGGCAAAGAAUGCCGCACGGUCUUCCAGAGGCUGAGCUAUAAUGGAAGCUCCAGUGUAGUGCGCUGCAUGCCGCUUACAGGCCGUACUCACCAGAUCAGAGUUCAUCUUCAGUUCCUUGGCUUCCCGAUCCUCAAUGAUCCCAUCUAUGGGUCUUCUGCAUGGGGCCCGAACAGGGCCAAAGGAGGGUUGGUGGUUAUGAGCAAUGAGGAGAUUCUAGAAGCCCUUAUUGAAGAGCAUCGCUCAAAGGAGAGUCUACACUUGUUGGAUUUACCUGAUGAAGAGAUCUCGGGAAAGCAAAGAACAAAGACAGAGUGCAGUGAUGGUGCUCAAGAACAUAAUGAGUCGAGUAGUGUUGCUUGUGCUGACGCUACUUGUAAAAUGCCACUGCUUGAAGGAAAGACCGAAGACAGCCAAGAACAAUAUAACACUAGAUCUACAAGUGAAACUGAGGUGGAGAUGAAUGACGCACAGAAAGAGAAGGUCUCUAACUCAGAUGAAUCAACUACUUUUUUUAGAGAUCAUUUAUGUGGCGAGUGUAAAAUUGUGAGGCCUGACCCAACAGGGAAGGAUUUGAUUAUGUAUCUACAUGCGUUGCGCUACAAAGGACCUGACUUUGAAUAUUCAUCCAAACUGCCUGGCUGGGCCAAAGAAGACUGGGUUCAGGAUUAGAAAAAGAAUUGCAUAGAUCCAUUAAACAUUUCAUACCUGAUAUCACAGUACAAGAAUGUGGUUUUAAAAAAGUACUCUUCUAUACUGAAUGUAUUCAGUGUGAAUUGAAAGAUUCUUAAUUUUAUUUAAUUUUCUUAGAUUUUGCUGAUAUAGUUUGAAUUAUUCAGUACUGUGGUGCAGUGUCAUUUAUUUGACCUCCUUUCUUUUGAAAAUGACAAUCUCAUCCGACAUGAACAUAUGUCAAUACAAUUUGACUUAUUUGUUGUGGGAAUAAAAGCAAAGUCUAAUGGUUUUCUU